GUCUCUCCUAAAAAUGUAAAAAUUAGCCAGGCAUGGUGGUGGGCGCCCAUGGUCCCAGCUAUUCGAGAGGCUGAGGCAACAGAAUUGCUUUAACCUGGGAGGCGGAAGUUGCAGUGAGCCGAGAUCCUGCCACUGCACUCCAGCCUGGGUAACAGAGUGAGACUCCGUCUCAAAAAAAAAAAAAAAAAAAACAACCAAGGUUUCAUCACAGUCCCUGGCUGUGCUGAGCACAGAAUACAUGUGAGCGAUUGUUUUUGUUCCAAGUGCCAUCCGGGUUUUCCUUUCUUAUAAACAGCCUUCACUGUCAACCACCCUUCUCCCCUCACACCCAAGAGCUAUCCGCACCUAUGGUCUCCUCUGCUCUGCCCGGCUUCCACCCCUACCACACCACAAAAAACCUUUCUCUCCAAAAUCACCCAUCACCUGUCUUCCUUCCAGAGGCAUCUGACCGCCCCCCCCCGCCACUCCCUCAUUUAAAAAAUGCUCUCUGGCUGGGCACAGUGGCUCACACCUGUAAUCCCAGCACUUGGGGAGGCCAAGGCAGACAAAUCACUUCAGCCCUGGAGUUGGAGACCAACCUGGGCUACAUCAUGAGACCCUGUCCCUACAAAAAAAUGCAAAAUUAACUGACUGUGGUAGCACGUGCCUGUAGCUACUCAGGAGGCUGAGGUGGGAGGAUGGUUGAGCCCAGGAAUUCAAGGCUGCAGUGAGCUGUGAUUGCACCACUGCACUCCAGCCUGGGCAACAGAGUGACACCUUGUUUAAAAAGAAAAAAAAAGCUCUCAAAUUUCCUGACACUGCUCCUUCCUGGUGUCCCUCUUAGCUCUUCAAUCACUGCUACCCCUGGCGUAACUGCUUCUCACCCCCUGAGCUGUGAGUCUUCAGUGGGGUCCUCUCACUGUAUACCCUCUCCCUAGGUGGGCUCUACACCGCUGGUAUCCAGCACCAUCUGUGCCAUGAUGCCCCAUCACUCUCCUGAGCUUCAGACCUGAGUAUCCCGAAGGAUUCUGCUCUCCCCUACUCAGGAUCACGCCACCAUCCCCCAUUAUCCUCGGAGUAAAAUUCUCGCCCCUGCAGCACCAGGGCCCUGCUCAUCUUGGCCACUCCUCUCUCCUACGCUCUGAGCUCUCUCACCAUCCUCCUGACCCACCAUCCCUACUCAAAACCACUCACCUCCCUUCUACCCUCUCCACACACUGUCCAUCCUCCCUGGCAAACUCCUAUUCAUCUGCAGGAACCUGCUAAGACAGCCCCUCCUCCUGGAACCCUUUCCCACACCUGAGGCUCCAUCCAGCCCCUCAACCUCCUCCAGGGGAGGCACACGUGACACCAGAUGGAGUUUCCUGUUGCCCCGCUGGCCUGUUUCACCAGACCGUGUGUUCACAGAGGAGCAGCGACUGAGGCUCUGUGUUCAUUCAUUCAUCAGAUAUUUAUCGAUGCCCGUGGCACAGCGAACAAGACCGUGCCAAGCAGGUGGUGGAGUGGUGAUCCAGAUACCCUGGGAAUCUAGAAUGUGGUGGGAAGAGGACCCAGCAACCCGGCCACGGCACGGCAGAACCUGGCCCUCAGCCCCUAAAAUGUUCCUCCUGCUGACAGCACUACAAGUCCUGUCUAUAGCCAUGACACGGAGCCAAGAGGAUGAGAACAAGAUAAUUGGUGGCUAUACAUGCACCCGGAGCUCCCAGCCGUGGCAGGCGGCCCUGCUGGCGGGUCCCAGGCACCGCUUCCUCUGCGGAGGCGCCCUGCUCUCAGACCAGUGGGUCAUCACCGCUGCUCACUGCAGCCGCCCGAUCCUUCAGGUCGCCCUGGGCAAGCACAACCUGAGGAGGUGGGAGGCCACCCAGCAGGUGCUGCGCGUGGUUCGCCAGGUGACGCACCCCAACUACAACUCCCGGACCCACGACAACGACCUCAUGCUGCUGCGGCUACAGCAGCCCGCACGGAUCGGGAGGGCAGUCAGGCCCAUUGAGGUCACCCAGGCCUGUGCCAGCCCCGGGACCUCCUGCCGAGUGUCAGGCUGGGGAACUAUAUCCAGCCCCAUCGCCAGGUACCCUGCCUCUCUGCAAUGCGUGAACAUCAACAUCUCCCCGGAUGAGGUGUGCCAGAAGGCCUAUCCUAGAGCCAUCACGCCUGGCAUGGUCUGCGCAGGAGUUCCCCAGGGCGGGAAGGACUCUUGUCAGGGUGACUCUGGGGGACCCCUUGUGUGCAGAGGACAGCUCCAGGGCCUCGUGUCUUGGGGAAUGGAGCGCUGUGCCCUGCCUGGCUACCCUGGUGUCUACACCAACCUGUGCAAGUACCGAAGCUGGAUUGAGGAAACGAUGCGGGACAAAUGAUGGUCUUCAUGGUGGGAUGGACCUCAUCAGCUGCCCAGGCCCUCCUCUCUCCACUCAGGACCCAGAAGUCCAGGCCCUCCGCUCUCCACUCAGGACCCAGGAGUCCAGGCCCUCCUCUCUCCACUCAGGACCCAGAAGUCCAGGCCCUCCUCUCUCCACUCAGGACCCAGAAGUCCAGGCCCCCAGCCCCUCCUCCCUCAGACCCAGGAGUCCAGGCCCCAGUCCCUCCUUCCUCAGACCCAGAAGUCCAGGCCCCCAGCCCCUCCUCCCUCAGACCCAGGAGUCCAGGCCCCCAGCCCCUCCUCCCUCAGACCCAGGAGUCCAGGCCCCAGCCCCUCCUCCCUCAGACCCAGGAGUCCAGGCCCCAGCCCCUCCUCCCUCAGACCCAGGAGCCCAGGCCCCAGCCCCUCCUCCCUCAGACCCAGGAGUCCAGGUCCCAGUCCCUCCUCCCUCAGACCCAGGAGUCCAGGCCCCCAGCCCCUCCUCCCUCAGACCCAGGAGUCCAGGUCCCAGCCCCUCCUCCCUCAGACCCAGGAGUCCAGACCCCAGUCCCUCCUCCCUCAGACCCAGGAGUCCAGGUCCCCAGUCCCUCCUCCCCCAGACCCAGGAGUCCAGACCCCAGCCCCUCCUCCCUCAGACCCAGGAGUCCAGGCCCCCAGCCCCUCCUCCCUCAGACCCAGGAGUCCAGACCCCAGCCCCUCCUCCCUCAGACCCAGGAGUCCAGGCCCCAGCCCCUCCUCCCUCAGACCCAGGAGCCCAGGCCCCAGCCCCUCCUCCCCCAGACCCAGGAGUCCAGGCCCCAGUCCCUCCUCCCUCAGACCCAGGAGUCCAGGCCCCAGCCCCUCCUCCCUCAGACCCAGGAGUCCAGGCCCCAGCCCCUCCUCCCUCAGACCCAGGAGUCCAGACCCCAGCCCCUCCUCCCUCAGACCCAGGAGUCCAGACCCCCAGCCCCUCCUCCCUCAGACCCGGGAGCCCCCGUUCCCAGCACCCUGAUCUUUACUCUGGCUCCGGUCUCUCCUUGCCCAGAGCAGUUGCUUCAGGCGUUUUCUCCCCACCACGCCCCCACGCUUGCUGUGUCACCAUCACUACUCAAGACCAGAGGCACAGAGGGCAGGAGCACAGACCCCUUAAACUGGCAUUGUAUUCCAAAGAAGACAAUUUUUAACAUGCUUGGUGUCUCUAAAAACCGAAUAAAUAAUGACAAUAAAAGUGGAAUCAUCC